CUCGUUCCUUCUUUUUUUUGCCUCGUCCUGCUUGAUUUUAAAAGAGCAAAGCAAGCUCGAUUUCUUUAGUCCUUACUCGCGUCGGAUCUGAAUGAGUCGGUUUUUCUUAAGUUUGAACGUUGCUCGCUGAUUUCUCUUGAGUUUAAGUGUGAGCUCGAGCUCCGAAUAGGUCCAUAUUCGCUUUCCAACUGGCUGCACAUUACGUGUUUGAAGAAAUGCCUGAACAGAUUCGAAUUUGUUCCGUUCAAUGCAAGACAUGUACAAAGUGAUAUCCAUAUGAGAGAUAGAGCUGCAACCUGACCAGACGCUAAGCAUUCUGAGGAAGCACAUCAAACUUCAUCUCCUCUAAUGGCUGCUUCUUCAGAUCUGAAAGGGAAUUAUGACGUCUUCCUGAGUUUCCGAGGUACAGACUUUCGAAACAACUUUCUCGGUCAUCUCUAUGUGGCUCUUGAUGAGAAAGGAAUCUACACUUACAUUGAUAGCGAGGAGCUACGGAAAGGCGAACAAAUAACACCGGCGCUUAUUAAGGUGAUUGAGGACUCGCGCAUAGCGAUCAUCAUUUUCUCCGAGGACUAUGCUUCCUCGCCAUUGUGUUUGGAAGAGGUGGAGAAAAUCAUGGAGUGCAAGGAGCAAAGAGGACUCAUGGUAUUUCCGGUGUUUUACAAAGUGGAUCCCAAAGAAGUGAGAACACCAAGAAAGAGCUACCAAAAAGCUAUGGUUAAGCAUGAGAGAAAGUUUGGGAGAGAUUUGGAGAAAGUGAAGAGAUGGAAAAAGGCUCUCCUUGAUGCGGGUAGCUUGUCUGGGUGGGAUUUGAAGGAUAACUGGACCGAAAACCUGGUAAAGCUGGAAUCUGUGUUAAAUCUUGAGUCUCGUGAUGAUGUUCUCAUGAUAGGAUUAUGGGGACAAGGAGGCGUAGGAAAAACAACAUUAGCCAAAGCCGUUUACAAUGAUAUAUUCAAAGGAUUUGAGGCUUCAUGUUUUUUGGCAAAUGUUCGUGAAACUUCAAAAGAUUCAAAGGAUUUAGUUCAUUUGCAAGAAAAAUUGUUGUCCGAGAUAUUAGUGGGAAAAGAAUUUACAGUGUUUAGUGUUGAUGGAGGUAUUAAUUUGAUGCAACAUAGACUUUGCCACAAAAGAGUCCUCCUUGUUCUCGAUGAUGUCGAUGACGUAAGACAAUUAAAUGCUUUAGCUGGAGGGUGUGAAUGGUUUGGUAAAGGAAGCAGAAUCAUCAUUACUACGAGAGAUAACCAUCUAUUAACUGUCCAUAGUAUAGAUGAAGAUCAUAUCCAUGAAGUUAAAACUCUAAUGGAUGGGGAAGCUCUUGAACUUUUCAAUAAACAUGCUUUUCUUAGAAGUAAGGAAAUAGUGAUAAGGAAGGAUCUUGUGGAUAAUGCUUUGUAUUAUGCUAACGGACUUCCUUUAGCACUUGUGGUAUUGGGCUCUUACCUAUGUGGUAGAAGAGAACAGGAGUGGGAAAGCACAUUGAAUAAACUUGCUAAAAGUCCUAACAAAACCAUCAAUGAUAUUCUCAAGUUAGGUUACGAUGGACUAGAGGACUGUGAAAAGGAGAUAUUCCUUGAUAUUGCAUGUUUCUUCAAGGGGCGAUCUAUAGAGUACAUCAUGGAAGUCCUUAACAGUUGUGACUUUGACACAACUAUUGGAGUAGAAGUUCUUGUUGAGAAGUCCUUAAUAACUAAAGAAAGGGAGACAGUACAGAUGCAUGACUUGAUUCAGUUGAUGGGCAUGGAUAUUGUUAAACAAGAAUGUCGUGAUGAUCCUGGAAGACGCAGCAGGAUAUGGCUUUGUGAAGAUGUCUGUGAAGUUCUAUCACGGAAAAUGGGAACAGAUGCAGUAAAAGCCAUAGUUUUGGAUUUACCCAAGACAGAAGCAAUAUACAUAGGUCCCAAUGCUUUCACAAACAUGAGAAGAUUGAGGUUGCUUAUCAUGAUUAAUGUGCAUAACUCUUUCCAAGGUCCUAUCUGUCUUCCUAAUGCGCUGAGAUGGUUUCAAUGGCCUGAAUGUUCUUCGGUUCCUGAAUUUCUCCCUGGCCCAAAGAAGUUAGUCAAACUUGAUCUGCGGAAAAGCAACAUUCAUGUCGUGAUGGACCAAUUUAAGGACUUUAAAAAUUUGAAGUUCCUUAACUUCAGUGAAUGUCUGUCAGUGGUUUGUAUGCCGAACCUUAAUUUCACUCCAAAUCUUGAGGAACUGGAUCUUCAUGGGUGCAAAAAUUUGGAGCGUGCUCACGAAUCAGUUGCAUAUCAUGCCAAGUUACGGUUGUUGAAUUUAAAAGGGUGCUCUAACCUUCAUCAUCUCCCCGAUGUGCUCCAAUCCAAGAAUCUUCAAGUUCUCAUUCUUACUGGUUGCUCAAAGUUACAAAGAUUCCCUGAUAUUCCGGAAAAAAUCAGAGGCUUUGCAGAACUUUAUUUAAGAGGGACUUCAAUUGAGGAACUUCCUGCAUCCAUAGAAAAUCUUGUCUCUUUGGAGGAAAUGGAUUUAACGAAUUGCAAGAAACUGGCAAUCCUUCCAUCUAGCAUUUACAGGUUGCAAAAUCUUGAAAGGCUGAUGCUUACAGGCUGCUCAAAACUAAUCAAGUUUCCAAAGGAGGAGGAGAAUUCAAGUGAUCCCCAUAUGGAGAGGGGAUUUCUUAAGUUACAGCAUCUAGACCUUAGUGGAUGCAAUCUAUCAGAAGUAGAGUUCCUUGAGUUCCUUGAGAACUAUUCCUGUUUUCCCUUCUUAGGAUUCUUGUCGUUGUCGAGAAACAAUUUUACUGAACUUCCGACAUUCAGGCAAUUAAAUAAUUUGUGCUGGUUGGAUGUUUCGUAUUGCCAACAAUUGCAAGAGAUACUCCAGAUUCCACGGCAAUUAUGUGACCUUCGGGCAACCGCUUGCCAAUCUCUGACCAAAAUUCCUUCGAACAUAUGUCACGUUGACAAUAUUGACUUAUCUUCAUGUCAUGGACUGAUCCAUCAUGGGUUCACCAUGGAUGAUUUGUUCAAGCUCGAGUGGAGGCUAAAGCAUGAUGAUAUCAAAACAAGCACCGAGGAAGACAGUUCAAGUGAAACAAAAGAAUUACUGGAUUCUCAAACAAGCACAGAGGAAGAUAGUUCAAGCAUUUUAGUCAACAAAGGCUUGGACAUGGCUGACUUCACAGUUGAGGAACAUCGCUAUUCUCAAAUCUCUCUUGAUUAUCAAAAUGUUCUCCCUGGAGGAGUGAUGCCAAAGGAGUUCGUCCUAGUUGAAGGCAGUACUAUAUCUUUCAAGGCUUCACAAGACUUGUAUGACAAAUUCCUAGGAUUGUCUUUGUGUGUGGUUUUCAGUGUAGAAGAUAGAAAAAACGAAGUAUCUUUUCAAAUUGUGCCACAUGUUGACGGCCAAAGGCGGAAUGUGCUAUCAGGAACUCUUGGUUCAUUUGAUUCAGAUCACACGUGGAUUCAAUAUCUGAAAUCAAAUGUGAUGUGGGGAGUGUUGGAGGGAGGAGUUGAUUUUGGUCAAUUGGACACGAGUUAUUUAAGAUUUAGCCUUAGUGUUAGAGUAUUGGGUGGAAUUGUGAAAAAGGUUGGAUAUGUGCUAAAAUGCAAGCCAUUAGAAGAUGAUUUGAAGAAUGUGCUUAUAAAAGAUCAAUUAGUGGAUCCAGCUUCACUUUGUGAGAAGUCUGAUGAAUCACUAGAUUCAGUGGCAAUUAGUUUCCAAUCCGUGAGUCAAAUUCCCUCUGACAUAUGUGACGUUGACACUGUUGACUCAUCUUCUUGUGGGUUUGCUGGAAAUGAUUUGUUCAAGCUUGAGGAAUUUCAUCCCAAAACUGGUGGUCAAGUUCUUCUACCAGGAGGAGAGAUGCCAAAGUGGCUGCUCCCUAAUGAAGAGGGUUGUUUAUCUUUCAUGACUUCAAAGGAUUUGUAUAAGAAGGUCUUACGAUUAGUCUUCUGUGUUGUAUUCCGAACAAAAGACGGAAAAACACGGGACAAGUUUGAGCUUCUGGCAUGCGUUAAUGGCAAAACGACAUACCGUUGCUACAGGACUUUUAGUUCAUUGGAUUUGGAUCAUGUGUGGCUUGGGUAUCACAAACCAGAGGCGCUUUGGCGAGGAGACAAUUUUGGUCCGGAUGACUGGGGUCGUUUCCAAUUUAGCAUUAGAGCGUCUGCUGGUAUAAUUGUGAAAAAGUGUGGAUUUCGACUAAUAUGCAAGCCACUGAAGAACAAUUUAGAGGCUUUGCCUCAAAAUGGUCAGUUGUUGGAUUCAGCUUUACUUUAUGAGGUUUGGCAUGAAGACAGUCAAAUUAGCACCGAGGCAAAUAGUUCAAGCAAAUUGGCCAACAAAGGAUUGAACAUGGCUGACUUCUCACUUCAGGAGGUUCGGGUGAAAGAUGAAGAAAAAGAGCCAGUGGUGCUGAUUGGCAACUCAUAUAGGAAGAACCCACAUGUCGCUAUCAAAUAUCUUGUGGGAAUCGACAAACAAGUGGAGCACAUGAUGGACUUACUUGAUUUAGAAGUCAGUGAUGUACGAAUAGUUGGAAUUUGGGGGGAGGGUGGUGUCGGCAAGACGACUAUUGCCAAGGUCAUUUACGAGCAAAUUUCCUCUCAAUUCGACUCUUGUAGUUUCCUUGCAGAUAUUGCAGUAACAACAAAACAACUUGGAGGUGUUCAGGUUUUGCAAAGCAAGUUGAUGUCUGAUAUCCUAAAGCAAGAAUAUGAAAUUGAUCAUGUUGCGAAAGGAGUCAAUUUUUUUAAGGAAGUACUACAGAAUAUGAAAGUCCUAAUUGUUCUUGAUGAUGUGGAGGAACGGUCACAUCUCCAGGAAAUUGUUGGAGAAAAGCUUGAUCGGUUUGGUUAUGGAAGUAGGAUAAUUGUCACCACUAGUAUCACAUCUAUUCUUCCAGAGUUCAUAUCUCGAGGAUUGGUUCAUGUUUACAAAAUCAACAUGAUGAAUAACGAUCAAGCUCUUGAGCUUUUCCGAAAGCAUGCACUGCGAAGUAAUCUUUCAGUUCCUGGUUUUGAUGAGGCUGCAAAAGAUAUUAUCAACUCUAUGAAUAAGAUUCCGUUACUUAUUGAAGUGAUUAGUUCACUCUUGGACAGAAAAUUAGCAGGAAAAUUGAUUGCAAAAGAGAAGCCAAUUUUGGAAUUUGGCCUGCACAUUCAAGAGAUUUUGAUGGUUAGUUAUGAAGAAUUGAGCGAAGUGCAAAGACAGAUAUUUCUAGAUAUUGCAUGCCUCCCUGCAGAUGUGGAUUGUCGAAUUGCUUCAUUUAUGUGGCAUAAUCCCCGUUUUCCUCCCUCUGAUGGAGUUGACGCACUCCUUGUCAAGUCCCUGGUAAAAAUUGGAAGAAACAAUGAAUUAAGGAUGCACAGGCUGUUAAGGGAGUUUGGCCUACAAAUUAUACAAACAGAGGAUCAUCUAGAUCCAGGAAGGCGAGGCAGGCUAUGCAAUUUGGAAUUAGCCUGGAAUACAAAGAAGAUAGAGGGGACAGAACACCUCAACUUUGUCGCUGAAGAUUUUAAGAGCAUGCCAAACAUAAGAUUUCUUAUCUUGGAUCGUGCAAAUGUUGAUGGUGAUUUUGCCAAUGUUUUUCCGAAUUUAAAGUGGCUCCAAUGGCAAGGAUGCACCAGAGAUUUUAAAGCUACUAAUUUCCAUGUCGAGAAAUUAGUCAUUCUUGAUCUUUCAUGGAGCAAAGUCACUGAAGACUGGGGAGGUUGGAGAGAAAUCAAGAUGCCACAUUUGAAAGUCUUGAAUCUUACAGGUUGUGCUGACCUAUUGAUAAGCCCCAACUUGUCCUCUUUCUCGGACUUGGAGAUUUUGAUACUAGAACGAUGUUCACAACUAAUGAAGUUAGAUACUUCCAUCCGUUAUCUAAAGCGCUUAACUUCCUUAAAUUUGAGGUUCUGCAAUGAACUCAAUAUGCUGCCAAUUGAACUGGGUCACCUGAAAGCUCUUAAGGAGCUCCUUAUUGAUGGGACUUCGGUACAAGAAAUUCCCGUGGCAGUGGUUCACAUGAAGCAGCUUGAGAUUUUUAGUGCCUCCAACUGUCUCCAAUUAAGUCACCUGCCUGAUUCACUUUGUGGCUUGACAGCUCUUUCUGUACUGUUGCUAGAAAAUGCAAAAAUUACUCGAAUCCCUGUCUCAGUUGAAAAGCUGGGGAAACUUCAACACUUAUCUCUAAAGGAUUGUCAUUGGAUAGAAAGACUUCCAGAUUCAAUUCGCAAUUUGGAAUGGAUAGAGCAGUUGGAUAUUACGGGGACAGGCAUAUCUAAAUUGCCCAAUUCAAUUACUUGCUUCAGGCAAUUAAAAGUGUUGAAAAUGGACUAUUGUUUCAUUAGAGAAUUGCCUAAAGAAAUUAGAAAUCUUGCCAACCUUGAAGAAUUACAUGCUUCCUACUGUAAGAGUUUGAAGGGAGCCAUUCCCACCGCUAUUAAGAGUCUAGAUCAUCUAAGGAUACUGAAAUUGGGAAAUUCCAGUAUUUCUGGCCUACCUUCGGAAAUUAUUAGUCUUUCUUGUCUUCAGACUCUUGAUUUACUUCAGUGCAACAAGAUUCAAGCACUGCCCGAGCUUCCCACCAGUUUGACUUGUCUGCGUGUGAGUUCUGAAAAGAUGAAGGCCUUGCCAGAUCUCAAGGAUUUAGUGAAGUUGGAGGAGAUAUGCCUGGGUAAUAAAGAUCCUAAGGAGCUCAUAUGUGCCUCAACAUGGAAGAAGCCAAAAGCCAGGUUGAGAGAUCCCUUAUUUGUGCCCAUAGGACUUCCAAAACUGAAGAUAUUAGAGUUGUCUCAUUCUAAAAUCAUUAACCUUUCAUUUACACAUGGUCCCCUCUCAUGUAGACAUCUGAAGAAACUAGUUCUAUCUGGUGUAAAUCUUCAAGAAGUGUCGGAACUUCCUUCAUCAUUGUCUGUUUUAUCUAUUCAACGUUGUUUUUCUUUGAAAGGAUUGCCAGCAGUUGGCAAUUUGAGGACACUAUCAGAACUAAAUCUCAUCCAAUCAGCAGUAGAAGAGAUUGAGGGGCUUGAAGGACUAAUUUCCCUGGAAAUCCUGAAUAUAUCGUACUGUGAAAUACGAAAUCUCAGUGGGCUUGGCCAAUUAAGAGCUUUACGAAGUUUCAUUUUGUCAGACUGUGAUGCACUUGAUAAAUUACCGGAUAUAUCAAGCUUGAAGAUGUUGAAUGUCCUAGAAGUCCAAAGAUGCAGGGAGAUCCAUGAUAUUGAAGGCCUCAUGGAGUUAACCUCCUUGGAAGUGCUGCAUGUUAGUGAAUGCAAGGCAGAAAACACACGAGAAGUACAGGAUGCAUUAAAGCUCCUGAUGGCACGAUCAUUAAACUCUUGAUGUUCUGUGCUCCUGGAGUGGGCAUUCAGUAAUUGGCUCUUCAGACACAAUCAAAAGCAUACAGCUGUGGAGGGCAACAUCAUUGAAGUCCAACAUGAAAUUGAGUUGGCAAACUGGCACCACAAUUGCACUAGCUGCAAUUUGAAAUUUGGCACCAAAAGGCUUUCCAGUCCUCCAUCUAUCUAAACUGAGCCAAGUCAAUAAAACUGGCAUGCACAACCUCACAGGUCAUCAGAUCAUAUUGCUUUCUCUCUCACCAAUGCAUCUUUCCAUCCAGUUUCUCUCUUUUGAACGGUGACUUAGUCGUGUCCUGUAAAGUCAGAAUGAUCCGACUCCAAAGAGAUCUGGAUUUGGAGGCACUGCAAGGAAUUUUCUUGUCUCAGAGGCAUCUCAAAUUCUUAGACGAUAUACAUAAACAUAAUGUAGGGGCACAGUUGGUAGCUCUUCCAUGUGAAAGGACUCCCCAUGCAGCAGUUAGUCUGGCAUGUCAUGCAGGAGAUAAAGAAACAGAUACUACGCUUUGUGCAAGACAUGCUCAGGCGAGACUCUUCUUCAUGGAAAGAUGUUUCUUGGGUUCAUAUUAAUCUGAGAGGCAACACUAUACAGAUUUCAGUCUCUAAACUAGCCCAGAAAGCGUGAGUUUACUACAUUUGGAGAACUAGAAAUUAUAAGUUGCAUUGUCCCAGGACUCACCUUAGUAUUGAGAACAUUUCAAUUGUGUUUUUCUGAUUAAAUGUGAAUUACACGCCCCAGAUGACUGCCCCUCUACUCAAAUGAAAGCUUCCUCAUGUAACUACCAGGAGAAAACAUUGACCUCAACACACGGACGGUAGGGAGGGGAGCUAGUUACCAAGGAUCUAGUAAUGAUUGAAAGUGGUUAUUGAUUUUUGACAUCUUACCUUAUCUUGGUUUAAGAUCACAAAUUGGUUGUGUUAGGGUACUUUUUGUCCAGUUUGAGCUUUUUUGAGUUGGUAUUGUAUAUUGGAGCACAAUUCUUUUGAUCCUUGGUCUGCUUCUUCCCUUUAAAGCUAAUAUGGCUUAACCCAAUCCAACCACUUCUGAAUGCCAGUUGUUUUUGGCAAAAUCUUUUGUAGUUCAACUCUGCAAGUAAAUGUGAAUGGAGAGUGAAUCGGAGAAAAGGGAAUUUCAGUAUCCAGGUUCAGCGAGGGAAGCCUGCGUUGAGCCUGUGAGAGAAAGGUGUUCUAUGAAAA